AAUAAAUGCCAAUUUUAACUACCACCUGUCAUUGUGUGUUUUUAAAUUUUACCCACUCAGACACACAAAAAAUGCUUUCACUUUCAACCCUGCCACUUUAUAAUCAGUCUCCAACUACUAAUAGAACACUGGCCAAGGGGUCCUUGAUACUGAUGUGGAUUCUCCCAUUUUGUUUACCUCUAUUGAACUGUUCCUUUCACUUUUUCUGUCACACUCUGCACCCUCUCUCACUGUCCUGUUUCCACAUGGCACUAUACUGCCAACACACACACACACCCUCUAAGACUUAAAAGCAUUCAUCACUCAAAACGCUGAAAAUAAGUUCUUAAAACCAUUUUAUUUUUCCCCUCUCUGGGUUGUGUUGUAGUAUUAGUAUCUCAAUACUUAGUUAACAUUUAAUAUUAAUAUAGUGUGUGUGGGUGAAGAUUGGUAAUGACACCAAGAAAUGACAUGAUACGCAUUAUUCAUGAUCAUGGCUUCAUUCAAUUCAAUUCAGAACUCCACCACCCCAAUCUUGCUUAUUACUAUUCUCAUUACAUUUCUACUCCACCAUCUUCUGUGCCCAGUUUCUUGUUUCAACCAGCCACAACAUGCAAUUCCUCCACCGGACCCUUUAUGUGAGGAGAAAAACAGAUUAGGUUCAAUGCCUCCUACUUGCCACAACAAGUGCAACCGGUGUCAUCCAUGCAUGGCAGUGCAAGUUCCAGCCUCGCCUAGCCAUGAACGAGUUCACCCAGGUCUUGCCCCAACUGCUGCAAUGGAAGUUUUCUUUCUCCAAGGUAACAGGUACUCCAAUUACAAGCCAUUGAGUUGGAAAUGCCAUUGUGGUGACCACUUUUUCAACCCUUAGAAAUUGUAACAUUCUCUUGGAGAUUAUGAAUCCCCUCACCUUGAGUUGUAAAA